UGCCAAGUGGCGUGUCCGAGUCGACACGCGUGUCGGACACGGACACGCGUGGGACACGGGGGGAUACGUCUUGGACACGCGAAAAUCCGUGUCCGUUUUUUUUUUUUUAAUUUCUUCUGUACGGACACGGGCCGUGUCUCACCCAGACACGGUCCGUUUUGUGAUGGACACGCAAUUACGGCUUUACAAGCCCAACUUCCUCCAUUCUCUCUGACUCUCUCACAUUCUCAAUUCCUCCAUUCACAAUUCACAAACCUACUGCCUUACUCAAGCUCCCUGAGUCCCAGACCGUCAGCCACUCACCGUCGCGCCGAUAACCGCCGUCGCUUCACCUGCUGCUGCUGGUCCAGACCGUCACUCAGUUCACCGUCGCUUCGUCGCCUACAGCCUACUCUCACAGAGACACAGACUUCACUCGCCGCUCGUUGUUCGUCCUCAGCCACCACCCCAGUGUCGCCAGCCACCAGUCCACCAGACCACCACCAGGUUUCAGGCUGUCGUUGUUCGUCCUCAGCCACCAGUCCACCACCCAGUACCGUCCGUCGCCACUCGCCAGCCACCAGUCCACCACCAGGUAAGGGUUAUGUGACUUCUGUCUUCUGUACUUUGUUUUCUGAAAUUCAAUUGCUGAAUGCUGAUGUUAAUUGUGAGGUGGAGCCGUGGAGGCAGUAUCACUGUAAUUCGCAAUUGUUAAUUGUUAAAUGUGAUGUUAAUUGUUAAUUGUGAUGUUAAUUGUGAGAUGGGUUCAGCUGUCAAAUUGUAUUGUGCCCUGGUUGCUGAAAUUGUAUUGUAUUGUUGACUCGCUGACUUGCUGGUUGCUGAAAUUGUAUUGCUGAGUUGCUGACUUGCUGGUUGCUGAAAUUGUAUUGCUGACUUGCUGGUUGCUGAAAUUGUAUUGUUGUGUUGCUCACUUUGCUGUGUUGUCUUGCUGAAAUGUGCUGUUGUGUUGCUGAAAUUGUCAGGAAUGUCUUCUAGUUCCUCUGCUUCAUGCAAUGUCAGUGGUAGUAGUAAUUCAUCUGAGUCAAUGAAAGACCUCUACCCUUUGUGGAAGUUUGUUGUUAAGGGUGAUAAAAUAUCGGGUGGUGGAGGAAAUUAUAAUUGGAAAUGUAACUUUUGCGGCGAAGUUAAAAAUGGUUCAUACACUAGAGUGAAAGCUCAUUUGCUAGGUGAACAAGGGAAAGGGAUUCAAACUUGUAAUAAAGUGAAAAUUGAUGACCUUGCUAAACUAAGAUCGCUUCAUCGUGAAUCCGAGGAUUAUAAAAAAUCUUUGUUACCAAAAGUUCCACCUUUUUCAAAUGAACCCAUAUCUUCUCACACAUCAACUGAAGCUACAUCAAUGAGACUAGGUUCAUUUGAUAAUGUAAAGAAGAGGAAAUCAAAAAAUACAAUUUCCGAUGCUUUUAAUGUGAAAUCUCGUGACCACUUGGAUUCUGAAAUUGCUAGAAUGUUUUACACAGGGGGUUGCCUUUUAAUCUUGCUAGAAACCCUUACUAUGUUAGUUCAUAUACAAUGGCUGCCAAUUCUAAUCUCUCUGGUUAUAAGCCUCCCGGAUACAACAAACUUAGAACAACUUUGCUUUGUAAAGAGACAGAAAAUGUGGAUAGGUUAUUACAACCUAUGAAAGCCACAUGGAAAACAAAAGGUGUUAGCAUUGUUAGUGAUGGGUGGAGUGAUCCACAAAGAAGGCCUUUGAUUAACAUUAUGAUUGCUUCUGAAACGGGUCCUAUGUUUAUGAAAGCUAUUGAUUGCUCGGGUGAGAUUAAGGACAAAGAUUUCAUUGCUACCUUACUAAGUGAGGUGAUUGAUGAAAUUGGAGAUCAAAAUAUUGUUCAAAUAAUCACAGAUAAUGCAAGUAAUUGUAAGGCUGCAGGGGAAUUGGUUGAGGGUAGGUAUCCUCAUAUAUAUUGGACACCAUGUGUUGUUCAUACACUUAAUCUUGCAAUGAAAAACAUCUGUGCAGCUAAGAAUGUGUUGAAUAAUGUUGAAGUAUAUGAUGAAUGUCAUUGGAUAACGGAAGUUCAUGCAGAUGCCUUGUUCAUUAAAAAUUACAUAAUGAAUCAUUCGAUGAGGCUUUCAAUGUUCAAUAAGUUUUCGCCAUUAAAACUACUUUUCAUUGCCGACACUCGUUUUGCUUCAAUUGUGUGCAGGCUUAAAAGGUUGAAACUCCUUAAAACAUCACUUCAAUCAAUGGUUAUUAGUGAGAAUUGGUCCUUAUACAAGGAUGAUCGACGCGGGCAAGCCUCACAUGUAAGGGAAAAGAUUUUGGAUGAAAUAUGGUGGGAAAAAGGUUGA